AUGAAAUUCUUCGUCACAUUAGCAUUAGUUCUCUCAUGUUCCAUUUCUAUUUUUGCACAAGAUGAAUUAAAAACUAUACGAAACGAAAACGCUGAUAAAGCGGUUGCUUUAUUUGAACAAUUUAAAACUUUCACGGUUAAUACACCAUGUCAACCAAAUGAUCAAGCUUGUAUAGACAGUUCUUUUGCUAAAUGCUUCACUACUCUUAACGAUGCAGGUGAACUAGUAAACGUUUGGAGUCUUGACAAAUGUAAUGCCGGUUUGUCUUGUGUUGUACUUCCUUUGGUCAAUUCUCGUGGAGUUUCCUUGGUUUGCGCAACUGAACAAGAACGUUUGGACCGAAUUGCUCAGGCUCGUGCCGCUUAA